GUAGAAAUUCCAUACCAAAUGUUUACUGAUGCUUCAAUCAUCUGAUAGCAAAGUCGAUAAGAAGUGCUUCUCCUGCGUGCUUCUGAGUUCGAGUGGAAAACGAGAAAUGUGUCAUUUGCUUCAUAUAGUUCGUUUCCUACUGAUCGCACUUAACGAUUGAAAAAAAAGAGGUCUAAACAAAUAUCUUAAAAAUUUAAAACUAUUUAUGAUAUGCUUUUGAAAAAUCAUUUAAGUUGUACACAUUUAAUAAAUUGUUAAUUCACAGUGCAAAAAUGAUAGCAGAUAAAGUUCGAUUGCAAAAUUGAAAAAAAAGAAGAAUGGAUUGAAAUUUAUUUGUUGAAAUUAAUGCAUCGAAUAUGAGGAUAUAUCGCAAAUAUUUGCGUGGAUUAUUUCUUGCUGCAUUUUUUACCACUGGUCUUAGCAUAGAGUUUAAUUUGAAAGCCCCUAAAUUUCAUCUAGAACCUCUUAAUAUUGUUGAAUUUUUCAAUUCAAGCGGUACUAUUAUACAUUGUGGUGCAGAGGGCCAGCCCACACCAGCUAUUAAAUGGGUUAAAAAUGAUGGUGAAGUUUUGCAAGAUAUACCCGGUUUGAGACGCACCCGGCAUGACGGAUCUCUAGUAUUCAGCUCUUUUGCCAGCCAAAAUUACAGGGCAGACGUACAUGCAUCAACCUACAGAUGUGAAGCUUCAAAUAUAAUCGGUGUUAUUGGUAGCAGAGAUGUUCAUGUUAAAGCUGUACUAUUACAAGAUUUCGAUAUCCACUUAUUCGAUGAAUUUAUUCUCAAGGGUAAUACAGCUAUUCUUCGAUGCCCUAUACCAAGUUAUGUUAAUGACUACGUAAGAGUUAGAUCAUGGGAAAGAAUGGACGGCUUCAUAAUAACACCUGCUUUAAUAAAUGCGAAAUAUGGAAUGCUUGAAAGUGGUGAUUUAUACGUUAAAGACACAACAGAUCAUGAUGGAUCAUACAGUUUCCGUUGUCACACAGAAAACAGAAUAACUAAAGAGAAGAAAGUGAGCAAAAACUACUCCAAAUUAGUAAUAACAGAACCACAUCAUAGCCAGCCUCCAAGGAUCACUCUAAAAUAUAAUAGGGUAUCUGUAGCAGUCGGUCAACGUGCAACACUACCUUGUAUUGCCCAGGGGUUCCCGGCACCGUCUUAUCGUUGGUACAGAUCCGAGACAGGGCUGAAACCGCUACCAGAUCAUACUCUUCCUGUCAGUCAAGAAGGUGGAAUUCUAGUGUUUCAUAAAGUGACUUCUACUGAUUCUGGACGAUAUGUCUGCCACGUGACUAAUGUAAUAGGAGAAGAUAAAGCUGAUACUGAACUAAUCGUAGCAGAGGCUCUGCGGGUUUCUGUAUCACCACCAGAACUGCGAUUAGAGAUAGGAAAAACUGCCACAUUCAAUUGCUCCGUUUCUGGCAGCCCCCAUGGCAUAGUGAGCUGGAAGAAAGAUAUGCGGACUAUAAAUAUGAAUCCAAGAGUAAGUUCACCGAAUCCUUUCCUACUGCAGAUACGCCAAAUUAAGAGACAAGAUCAAGGCAUGUAUCAGUGCUUUGUUCACCGAGACAUCUAUUCUUCACAGGCAUCCUCUCAACUCAUCAUUGGAGAUUUGAAACCAACCAUUAGGACAGCUUUUCCAGAAAAAACGGUUCGUUCCGGACGAUUUGUUUCCCUCACUUGCGAGGCUACAGGUCACCCGCAGCCUACAAUACGAUGGACUUUGGAUGGAAUUUGGCCAUUGUCCACCAGUGCUGGUGUUCAAAUCAACACAUAUCAAACAUUGAAUGGUGAUGUUAUCAGUUCAAUAAAUUUUACAUCAGUUGAUUUAACCGACAGUGGAAUUUACACAUGCCAAGCAAGAAAUGAUGCAGGAGAAAGUAGCUAUUCAAACAGACUUAAUGUUUUUGGACCAGUUUUUAUUCGAUCCAUCGGUAAUAUGACUGCUAUCUCUGGAGAGACUUUUAAAGUAAAUUGUCCAUUUGGAGGAUAUCCAUAUGAAUCAAUUGCCUGGAGAAAAGAUGAACAAGCUCUUCCUGACUCUCAAAAACAAUCCGUGUUUCCAAAUGGGACACUAUUGAUUAAAGAAAUGCUAUCUGGCAUCGAUGACGGUGUAUAUACAUGCGAGGUUAGAGGAUCAGCACAAGAAAUUCCAGCAUCACGAUCUUUUCGAGUAGUUAUUCGAACAAAACCCCAAGUUGCCAGAUUUCUGCUGCAGGAUAAUUUGCACGAAGGAAUGCGGACAGCUUUUACUUGUAUCGUUCUUGCGGGAGAUAGUCCGAUGACCAUUCAGUGGUUAAAAGAUGGAUUCCCUAUCAAUGAAAGAAGUCUGGAAGCCUCAAUAAUAUUUGCCGAAGAAGGUUACGUUUCUACCCUGACUAUAAAAUCAUUAGCCAAAAAGCAUAGCGGUAACUAUACUUGUCUCGCCACGAAUGAUAUUUCUACAGCUUCAUUUAGUGCUGAAUUAAAUGUCAAAGCACCACCAAAAUGGAUAUUAAAGCCUAGCGAUAUUAGUGCUGUCUCUGGUAGAGCAGCCAUGAUUGAUUGCCAAGCAGAUGGUGUACCACAACCCCACAUUCGUUGGAAAGUCGCUUCAGAUCACGCUCACCAGAAUUUUAAAACAAUUGUAAGCAGUUCUCACAUUCACAUUUUAGUAAAUGGUUCUCUAAACUUUCGAGGUAUUGAAAAAUCAGACAGUGGAUAUUACCUUUGUGAAGCCAGCAAUGGAGUUGGAAGUAUCUUAAGUACUGUAGUACGUCUAACUGUCAAUAGUGCUCCACAAAUUCUACCUAAGUUCUUAAUAAUGAGUAUCAAGAAAGGUGAAAAAUUCACACUUGAUUGUCAAGCAACUGGAGAUCAACCACUGAGAUUUACAUGGAAAAGAAAUAAUCAAAUGAUUGAUCCAUCCUCUGAGACUAGGUAUUCACUUUCCAUGAAAGAAACUGGUCUGGGUGUAAAGUCUACAUUAACCAUUGAUAAAACAGAGAGGAAAGAUUCCUCUUUGUUUAUUUGUACAGCGAUAAAUGAUUACGGAGAAGAUUCCAUGAAUAUCCAAGUAACCAUUCAAGACCUACCAGAUGCUCCUCAAAAUUUAGAAGUUCAUGAUGUUUCUAGUCGAAGCAUCCGAUUGACCUGGGACCGUCCAUUUGAUGGGAAUUCUCCAAUUACGGAAUACACUAUAAUGUGGAGAUAUGCAGAUGCCGAAUCAACAGACGAUCCUAUAAAGGUGCAAGGAAAAGAAAAAACUAUAACAGUAAGAGGAUUAAAGCCGAAAACUAAAUAUUAUUUUCGUGUGAAGUGUUCGAAUUCUAUUGGAGAAAGUCAAUUUGGAGCUGAAGUAGCAGCAACAACUCUGGAAGAACCUCCUAGAUUGCCACCAAUUUUCGUUACAUCAAAAGCAACGUCUUCAAAAAGUGUUAAUGUAACUUGGCAGAUGUCUUCUGAAGAAACUGAUGGAUCAAACUAUGAUGGAUUUUAUAUCGGCUAUAGAAUGAGUUCAAGUUCUGAGCCUUUUACGUUUACAACCAUUGAACAGUCCCGAAAGCAUUUAGAACAUUUUUAUGAAGUUAAAAAUUUAAAUCGUAACACUGAUUAUAGUUUUAUUGUCCAAGCUUUCAACCAAAGAGGAGCUGGUCCACCAAGUGAAACAAUUUCAGCUAAAACUAUGGAAUACGAUAGACCUUUACCACCAGUAAUUAAAAGUUAUUACGCCACUACAAAUUCUAUAAAAAUCAUAUGGGAAAGCAGAAGUCUACAGCAUGCACCUACUACAGGAUUGACAAUCUAUCAUAGAACCGAUGGGGCAGGUUGGCAAGAAUCAAAUGUUUCUGGUGACAAAGCGGUGUACACGUUGCAUGAUUUACUCUGCGGGACGAAAUAUUAUUGUUUUAUAGUUGCAUCUAACGAUGCAGGCAGAGGAAAUAGCAGUGAAACUAUAACAACGAAAACUACUGGAAGUGCACCACUUGCACCAGAUAAAAGACUUUUACUUACAAUCAACUCAACAACAGUAACAGUGAAUCUCAACAGCUGGCAUAAUGGUGGUUGUCCAAUAAAGUUCUACAUAAUACAGUACAAAGUCAGUGGUCAGCAGGAUUGGGUCUUAGUGAGCAAUAAUAUUGUUCCAGAGCAACAGGCAGUAUCAAUAACUGACCUGAUACCUGGCACGUGGUAUUCUAUUCUGAUGACUUCAAAGAACGAUGCUGGUUCAACAGAUGCUGAAUAUGUUUUUGCUACGCUAACUCUUUCUGGAGAAUAUCCACCACAUCCAUCUGAAGUGAUUGAUUCAACUGGAAAGUUUUACCGACAUCUAUCUAUCAUUAUACCUGUUCUCUGUUCUGUCGUUGUCCUAAUUUUAGUGUUCUGUGUGGUUUGUUUAGUGACUAAACGAAGAACUCCACACGGCCGACCAAGCACUAUUCAAGAUACCAUAGAUUGCAAUGUUACUAAACAUGAAAAUACACCGCUUUCUGGAACUUAUGAUUCAAGGGACGAUCAGCCUUAUCACUCGACGCAUUAUGCAAGUAGCAGGAUACAGAACUACACAAAAGAUCUCAAUUUACCACCCAAUAAGUCAAAUUCUCAAAACGCCAACACAUUUGGCAGUAUGCGAAGUGGAUACACGUAUGACAUCCCUUUGUCUCAAAUUAAAAUGAAAACUGAAGAUUGUAUUUAUGCCACACCAUCCGUUUAUUUUUCUACAAAUCAUCAACUAGUUUAUAAUGGUGCAGAAUUGCGCACAAACAGAGAAAUAGCCCUUUAUGAGGCUCCUUUGAGUAGAACUACACUAUCAGAAGAAGAAAAGUUUUGGAGGGAAGAUGGAGACGGAAGUUCCAGUUCAGAAUCAGAUAAUGAGGAUUUAUUUUUAUCCUUACCACCAACUAAAGAGCUGUCAUUACGAGAAGAUGCUAGAGAGUCUGAAACUGAAUGUGAUAGACUAUGGAAAUCUUAUGCAAUUCCCCAGUGUAAAGAAGUCAAUCGAUGGAAAGAAGGAGCAUUGGUUUCUUCAUGAUUUAAGCUUCAUAUUCGACUUUACUGGUGCUCAAAGUAAAGUGAUCAGAUAUUAAAUUUUAAAGAAAUGCAAGCUAUUAUUGUUGCUAUCAGUAUUAUUGUAUGUAUUAUAAUUUGGUAAAAAUCUAUUUGUAAAAUAAAAAAUAUAUAAUUAAAAUUUUUAAAGUCA